AUGCCGGCCAUUCAGCUCGGCUCAUCAGUGUCGAUGCUUGCUGGGGGAGAUCUGUGCCACGGCUGCAAGGCAGUGCAGAGUAGCGCUGCGGCCGCUCUCUUCUUUCGGGAACGGAUCGGCAGCGCUGCCCUGCGCAAAGCUUCGGCUCGAGCCGCGUUUCGCAUGCUUCAUCCUGCUUCCCACCGCGCCUUCAUCGUCCCGGUCACUAACGGGCCUCGCUAUCUUGCAGUGCUCCCUGACGCAGCCAUGCACAAAUUGCGCCCGCAGGUUUCCGCAGCCCGCGUGCGACCGGUGUGGCAUCCCGGACUCGUCCUCGUCCAUGCUGCCAUGCGGCAUGCUUUGAUGGAGAAAGUCAGGCUGCCCCUGGCCCGGUCGUUUGCCUGCGAGGCCGCCGCACUCAUUCAUGCGCCGACAUCGCUGUCCCGCAGCCGCGUUGCUGAGGCUAGCGGCGGUCUCUACUCCCACUUGGACAUGGAGACGGUCCACGACGCCCUGCUGCAAGUCGAAGGGCAGGUCGACGGCGCUAUGAAAUAUGCCGGAGCCGCCGCCGAUCACUGCUUCGCUUCGACAUAUCGACCCCACCAACGAGUCGGUUCCGCCCUCCUCAUGAGCGGGCAGACCAAUGACCCCGAGCAGCUGAUGCGACUCCGUUUUCGGGACAAGACGGGCACCCUCGACGGUCAGGGCAUCAUCGAGCUCCUGCAGUUCAUCCUCAGGACGCGAUUGAAGGUCACCAAUAGCAUCAUCAAGGAUGAGUGGCAGAUUGACGGCGAGCAUUUGAUACGCGCCAUCCACGAGGCGAGCCCGCCGAGCACGUCCAUCUCCAGGUUUGACGAUGAGAUUCGCUACCUCCCCAUGGCUCCGACGAAGAUGAACAAGGAGCUCGUACGCACCCACCUCCAACUCAUGAGCCGUUUCAAGGCAUCGCUGGAUGGCAGCCCCCGACCCAACAACCGGUUCAUGAAGCACUGGAUUCCCUUCUCCAUACAAGACCCCUUGGUCCUGCACGUCGUCCUGUGCUCCACCGCAAGCUUCCUCAACGAGACGGGCAGGGUGCCGAAAAUGAUGCUGCUGGUUCAUCGCGCCACGGCGACGCGGAUGCUGAACGAGCACAUCAGCAACGCCCAAGUAUGCACGGACGAUUCCGCCAUGCUCGCCGUCGCGCAGUCCAUCUUGACUUCAUGGUACUGGGGGGGCACGGAGGAGCUUCACGCCCACAUGGCUGGCUUCAAGAGAAUGAUUGAGCUGCGAGGCAGUAUGCAGAACUUGGGCAUGGAAGGCUUCACGAGCAAGAUUGCACUCAUAAACGACUUUGUCAUCGCCCUCGUGCACGAAACCGAGCCUCUGCUGUUCGGCGUGCCGGGCUUUGUGUUCGACGAUCCUCUCCGCUUGCCGCUGCAGGUCAACUUCAACUCGCCUCUGCUCUUCGAAUGCCCUCCCUUCCUCAGCCCUGCCUCUCCAAUGCUGUUGCACGCGUACACGGCGCGGAUUCUCGACGAGGUGAGGACGCUAUCGAAGCUGGUUGUGGACCUGCCGGUCCACCCGACCCGUCAACAGCUGGAGAGCGUGUACCGGACGGUAAACGCUGCCCUUUCGGUCAUCGAGUGCGUGCCCGAAGAUGUCACCUUGGUCAUCAAGGAGAAGAACGAGGCGGCGGCGGCCGAGGCGGAGUACGGCUCGGCUGGACUGAAACGAAAGCGGCAAGCGAGCGAGGCGCCAACGGCGCGGAAAGCGUGGACGACCGAAUCGGCCGUGCGUGCGACGGCGGCGAGCGAGAGGCCGGACCUCGUGCACCGGUGCGUGCGGAAGACGGCGCGGAUUUAUUGCCUAGCAAUCCUCGAGCGCAUCCCGACGAGCAGCGCAUGCAAAGAGUCGGACUUUGCCCAAAUCUGGGAGUGGGCCUGGGGAGCGGGACUGGAUCGUUGGGCGGCGCUCAGCGGCAUCUUCGUGUGGAUGAUGAUCGCCAUCCUCGGCAGCUCGCUGUCGACGAUCCACUCGCGCAUGGCCAAGACGAUGAUGGUGACGGGCUUCAUGUACCUGGGCACGGAAAACUGGCACGUCGCGGCGGACAUUGCCGACGCCGGCCUGCGCAUUCAGCGGUGGCUCCGCGGCGGCAGGUCGGCGCUGGACGACGGAACCGUCAGCGCCGCCUGGGGCGGCGAGAGGGUCAUUGAGAAGCACGGCUUCCUCUUCAAGGAUGCCAUGCCGGACAUUGUCCAGAUGUGCGAUGAAGGUGAGCAGGGGCCCGAGGGUGAGGACUGA